AUGAAAAGAGUUCGCGAGACACAAAACGCGGCUUCUUCCUCAACUGCUGCUGACGCUCAAACAACAGCAGGAGAGCAACCCAAGACAAAACAAGCAAAGACAGCUGCUACUACUCCCACUCAACAACCACAACAGCAACAACAAAAUUCAACAUCAGUACAAGAUGCCCUUGCUUAUUUGGAUCUGGUCAAGAAAACAUAUGCCAACGAGCCUCAUGUUUAUUCCAGAUUCUUGGAGAUUAUGAAGGAGUUCAAAAAUCAUGUAAUUGAUACACCAGGUGUUAUUCAGAAAGUAUCAGAAUUAUUCAAGAAUCAUUCACAUCUCAUUCUAGGAUUUAAUUCUUUCCUUCCACCGGGCUACAAGAUUGUCCUGGAAAAUAAUGAGCAAAGCAGCAUGAAUGCAGCAGAGAAUCAGCAGACAUCGCCAACACCUUCCAACGCUUCACAGAGUGUUGUACAAGGUAAAAAGAAAAAGAGAUCGACGUCGCCACCUCCCGUACCAGCUGCUGCUUCAUCCAAACCAACCAACGACAGAAGCAUUGAUUUUGAUCAAGCCAUUUCAUAUGUUACCAAAAUCAAGAAGAGAUUUGCUGACAGUCCACACACAUACAAAGCAUUUUUGGACAUUUUGCAUAACUAUCAGAAGGAACAAACGACCAUCAAAAAGGUGUAUGAGCAAGUUUCUGACUUAUUCAAGGACCACCAGGAUCUGUUGAGUGAAUUUGCUCAAUUCCUUCCAAUGCCAGAUCAGUCAAAGAAGUCGAGAAAAGUGAAGAAGAGUCAACAGCCACAACAACAAGCAGUAUCCGCUCCAACCGCAAUUUCAGAUGACAAGAAGCGAAGAACCGCUAGAACCACAACCAAACCUAAGCAACAUGAGGACUUUGAAUAUGAAGAUGAGAGCUUGCUUAAGAGAGAAAAGGUUGUUCCUGCCGAAACCAAAUCAUCCGUUUACGGACCAAGUUACAGAGUUUUGAAUAAGACUUAUCCCGAACCAAUAUGUUCCGAGAGAACUGAAUUGUGCAACCAGGUAUUGAAUGAUGAGUUUGUAUCAGUUCCUGCAGGUAGUGAAGAAAGCAGGGAUAUUCAAAAGAAGAGUCAAUUUGAUGAAAUUAUUUUCCAAUGUGAAGAUGAUAGAACCGAGCUUGAUAUUGUCAUUGAACAAAAUGAAUCAACAAUCAAAUUCUUGGCCUACUAUGCUGAGAAAAUCAAAAACAAUGAAGAUUUUACCUUUAACUAUGAAGAUAUGAAGGACAUCCACAGAGCGAGUAUCAACAGAAUCUAUGCAGAGAGAGGUCCCGAAGUACUCGAAGGUCUUCGAAGAAAUCCAGCUGUGGCCAUUCCUAUUGUCUACAGAAGAUUAAAACAAAAAGAUGAGGAAUGGAAAAAGGCAAGAAAAGAACUGAAUAGAUUCUGGAAUGAUAUUUACCAAAAGAAUUUCCAAAAGGCCAUGGAAAGUCAAUACAACAUCUUCAAACAAAACGAAAAGAAGAAGCUCAAACCCAAGGAGAUACUCAGAGAAGUCAAAGAAAGACACGAAUACUGUCGGCCAUUGAUAUUCGAAUUCCCAGAUCGACAAAUUCAUGACGAUAUUUAUUAUUUGCUCAUCAACUUAACAAAUGAUUUGACUCCAGAAGAAGUUAGAGAUAUUAACAUGUUGUGGAAAGACUUUCUCAUUCCAUUCCUAGACUUGCAAUCGAGUGAUUAUGUCAAAUCAGAGAGAUUUGAUGCCGUCCUGAAGGAAGUACCUGAGGGAGAACAGCCAAACUCCACACCGACCAGCUAUUUUACGGAUUUAUUCAAACAAGCAGACGAGCCAUCGGGAGAUGGUGCAGAAUUUCCACCAAUUGUCGAGCAGCAGAUUAGCAAGCAAGAAAACAGGUAUCGAAACAAUGUAUUCUACGGUAACUCAUUCUUCAUGAUAUUCUUCCGCUAUUAUUGCGCACUUUAUGAAAAGCUUUACCGAGCAAAGCUGGCCAGUAAGAGAACAGCUAGAAUGAGACAAAAGAGUGUCGAUACAGCCACAAUUCUCAAAGAACAUGAUACUCUCCUCGAAAAGAGCAACUUCAACAAUGAAAAGAAAGAAAAGGAGAAGGAGAAGGUGAUUGAAGAAAUGGCCUCCAAGACCAAUGGUGGUGAUCAUAUGGAAAUUGAUUCCGACAUUAACAAGAUUGCAGACGAUAUUUAUUCGCAAUUCUUGGUUGUCAUGAUCAAAUUCCUGAACGGUCUGGGAACCUCUCAAUCCUACGAUGAUGAUUGUAGAAAACUUCUCGAUUACGACUCAUAUCCUGUUCUGACAUUCGAUAGAGUUUUUGUCGAAUUCCAAAAACAUGUGUAUGCCAUGAUGACCGACCAUAGAGAUGCUUGCUACGAAUUCCUCCAAUUGUUCAAGUACGAAAUGCAAAGAGUGAAUAGGUUCAUUGACAAUUCGUAUCGUUUGAAUGCUCAAAAAUUAGUCGGCGAUGAAGUGUGUUAUGUGCUUGAAUACAGUAAGAGAAGUCAAAAAGCGAGAAUUGAUGAAAUCGAUCCUCCUGAAGUUGACCUAGAAAAAAUAGAAGCUGAGGAAAAGGCUCUCUGCUACGUACAAGAGUUCUUGCUGUCCUCUCCUCCACCAGAAUUGGCCCAAAAGAAUAAGAUCUUCCUUCAAAGAAACAAGAAAAGAGGAUCCAAUGUUGAUCCACACAGCAUCAUCAUUAGAAACAGACUAGAAUGUAAAAUAUGUAUAGCCACUUUCAAGCUCUAUUUUGUGGAGGAUACUGAAGAUUUCUUGUUCCGUAAGAGCAAGAAAGAGUCACAAAAAUCUAAACAAAACAGAGCACAAAGAUGGCAUAAAAUUUGUGAACAACUUGUGGAGAAGAUUCCCAGAUCCUCCAUGGAAAACUCAACAGAACAACAACCUUCCUCAUCAGCUAUGGAAACCUCUAAUGAUUAA